UCAGUAUUUCUAUUUAUGGCUGAACAGAUCUCCUCCAAAUUUGAAUUCACCAACCUCCAAUGCACAUCCACCGACAAAACCUUCGCUGAUUUUGAAUUCUGCUAUAUAAGGUCUGCGAAUCGGAGCUACAAAUACAUAACGCUUAAAGUGAACUUAUUCAAAACGCCAGUUACAAAAGUCAAGUUCAAUGGGAUACUAUACAAGCGAUUUAGCGGCUACAGGCCCUUUAUGUUCAAUAUCACAGUGGAUGCGUGUAGAUUUUUAAAAAACCCUGAGUCGAACCCAGUAGGGAAGUACUUUUACGAAUUCUUUAAUUCCUACUCGAAUCUUAACCAUUCCUGCCCCUUUGAUCACGAUCUUUUUGUGGAUAAGAUUCCCACAGACUUUGUCAACCACAGAGUUACGAAGAUUCUACCCUUCCCCGAAGGUGAUUAUCAACUGGAAACUCAUUGGAUGGCUUAUGAAAUCGAUCGGGCCGUGGUCAAGAUUUAUUAUACUAUAUCGUAGCCAUGUGUC